ACUGUUCAGUCAGUCUGUUCGAAACAACACAAAGGGAGAGUACAUGCUUCACUGUAGAGUGUGUAUAAAGCAUGUGAAUGGUAUUUAAAUGCAUGAAUUCAAGCUGGAAUAGAAAGCAGACAAAAUGAAGAGAGGCAAACUGCAAGCGCAGACAAGGCGUUCUCCCCAGACCCACUGUUGUGUAUGUUGAGGGUGUUGCAGACCACAGACAGGAAGCUACUGCUCACAGACAUGACCGACAUCAUGCCAAAUCUGGACACUCGGGAGCUGGAUCUCAGCGGGUCGGAUGAGGAAGCUGAGCAGGUGGAUUACCUUCAAGAGAACCAUACCGGAGAAAUUCAUAUUCCAUUCUCAGCUGUCUACCAAACAAUGGGCUUUAAAGAGCCACAUGCACGUGUCUUCCUCCCUACGCUCCCCAUCACAGCUAAAAUACAGGCAGUGGAGCGUUUUACCAGGUUCAAGGACCGUUUCAAUGUCUCCAACCAGGGAGGUGUCUCUAAGAACACAUCGACAGUGUUUCGUAUUGAGCUGAGGCACGGGAACUUCAUCUGGGUAGUAAAGAGAAAAGAGAAGCAAUUCUUGGAACUGCAUAGAGAGCUUCUGCGCUAUAAAACCCUCAUGAGGAUUCCACUGCCCUCCCGCAGUCACACUAUUCGCAGGAAGAGUGUAAAGAAGAGUGAAGCACGCAUGAUGCCCACUUUGCCCCGUGGGGCGAGGGAUGAGCUCACCCGGGAUGACCAGGUCUCUAGCAGACGGAAACAGAUGGAGGACUAUUUGAACAAGCUGUUCCAGAUGGCCAUGUACCUCAAGUACCAUGCAACUAUGGAGUUUAUUGAUGUGAGCCAGAUGUCUUUUAUUCAUGACCUUGGCCCAAAAGGCUUAGAGGGCAUGAUUUACAAAAAAUCAGGAGGUCACAGGAUCCCUGGAAUUAACUGCUGUGGGCACAGUCAAAUCUGCUACCGCUGGUCUAAGAGAUGGCUGGUGGUGAAAGAUUCUUUUCUGAUGUACCUGAAGCCUGACACAGGAGCCAUUUCGUUUGUGCUCCUAGUUGACAAGAAGUUCAGUAUCAAAAUGGACUCCAAAUACACCGAGACAAAACAUGGAGUGAGGAUAGACAGUCUCUCCAGGACUCUGGUGCUAAAGUGUAACAGUUACAGACAAGCCCGCUGGUGGGGGCAGUCUGUUGAGGAUUUUGUCCAGAAGUACGGAAAGGCCUUUCUAAGGACACAUCGCUUUGACUCCUUUGCCAAGGAACAGGACAGUAUACUUGCCAAAUGGUACGUGAAUGGCAAAACCUACAUGGAAGAUGUAGCCAGUGCCCUGGAGGAGGCCAAAGAGGAGAUCUUCAUCACAGACUGGUGGUUGAGUCCUGAGAUCUUCCUGAAGAGGCCUGUGGUUGAGGGCAAUCGCUGGAGGCUCGACUGCGUUCUCAAGCGCAAGGCACAACAAGGUGUGCGUAUCUUUGUAAUGCUGUAUAAGGAAGUGGAGUUGGCUCUUGGAAUCAACAGUGAAUACAGCAAGAGAACGUUGAUGCAUCUUCACCCUAACAUCAAGGUAAUGAGGCAUCCUGACCAUGUCUCCUCCUCCGUGUACCUUUGGGCUCAUCACGAGAAGAUUGUGGUCAUCGACCAAUCAGUGGCCUUCGUUGGAGGGAUUGACCUGGCGUACGGGCGCUGGGAUGACCGUGAACACCGGCUGACGGAUGUGGGGAGUGUGACACGCUCUGCCACUCAGGAGCAGGUUGCUACUGACAGGAGCUUCAUAGAGACUCACAGGGUUGAGACCAACAGCCCAGCCACCCUGCCCACUAAGGGAGUCUCUUCCAGGAACAGUUCCAGCGCCGCGGCUGUCAACACGGUAGAAGUGCUGAAAUUGAAGGGCGUGGGUCAUGCACGCAAAGCCCGUUUCAGCCUGCGUAGACACCUGCACAAACACGGGCUCCACCGUGUGGACAGCGUCAGCAGUGUGGAUGGUUCAGAGAGGUAUGGCUCCAACCACAGCCUGGAGACAGGCAUGGGUGAACUUUUAGGCAACACACGUUUCUGGCAUGGCAAAGACUACUGCAACUUUGUCUACAAAGACUGGGUUCAGCUGGAGAAACCUUUUGAUGACUUCAUUGACAGGUACACAACUCCCAGAAUGCCCUGGCAUGACAUCGCCUCUGUGGUUCAUGGGAGGGCAGCCAGAGAUGUGGCCAGGCACUUUAUUCAGCGCUGGAACUUUAAUAAGAUCAAGAAGCCAAAGUACAGAUCUCUCUCUUACCCAUUUUUACUGCCCAAAUCUCACAGCACAGCCAAUGAACUGACUUACCAAGUGCCAGACUGUGUGCAGACAAAAGUACAGGUGUUGCGUUCGGCAGCAGAUUGGUCAGCAGGUAUAAAGUACCAUGAGGAAUCCAUCCACAAUGCCUACAUCCAGGUCAUUGCCAAGAGCAAGCACUUCAUCUACAUCGAGAACCAGUUUUUCAUUAGCUGUGCUGACAACAAGCAGGUUUACAACAAGAUUGGCGAUGCGAUUAUUGAGAGGAUCAUCAGAGCUCACAAAGAGAACAAGAAGUUCCGAGUAUAUGUGGUGAUCCCUCUGCUGCCAGGCUUUGAAGGAGACAUCUCCACUGGAGGAGGCAGCGCCCUGCAGGCUGUCAUGCAUUUCAACUACAGGACCAUGAACAGAGGAGAGUACUCCAUAAUCUCUCAACUAAAGAAAGAGAUGGAAGACCAGUGGAUGAACUACAUCUCGUUCGGAGGCCUGAGGACCCAUGCUGAGCUGGAAGGACGGCUGGUCACAGAGCUCAUCUAUGUGCACAGCAAGAUGCUCAUCGCCGACGACAACACUGUCAUCAUUGGUUCAGCUAAUAUCAAUGAUCGCAGUAUGCUAGGGAAGAGGGACAGCGAGCUGGCUGUGAUCGUGGAAGACACAGAGACAGUGUCAUCUGUCAUGGAUGGUCAAGAGUACCAGGCAGGAAAAUUUGCCCUGCGGCUCCGGCUGGAAUGUUUUAAAACAGUCCUCGGUGCCUUCACAGACCCCACAAUAGACGUGAGUGAUCCUAUUAGCGAUCGCUUCUAUAAAGAGGUUUGGAUGACGACAGCAGGCCGCAACGCCACCAUCUAUGAUAAGGUUUUUCACUGCCUGCCAACCAGUCUGGUAAGGAACAUGCAGGAGCUGCUGAACUUCCAGACCAAAGCAGGUCUGGUUAAGGAGGAGCCUGCUAAAGCCCAGGAGCUCCUCAAGAAGAUCAGGGGAUUUCUUGUGCAGUUCCCUCUGGACUUCCUGAGUGAGGAGAACCUCAUGCCUUCUGUGGGCACUAAAGAAGCCAUAGUUCCCACUGAGAUCUGGACCUGAAAGUGCUGGAACUAUUAUGACAAUGUAUUGGCCUGAAGUGUAAAAGAAGGUGUAAAGUAUAAAGGAAGAUGACAGUUGUGCCCUGGCCGUAAGGCUGUGGAGGCUGAAUUGUAGUGAAUUGCAUGAAGGUGAAUAUUCUGUGAGUAACCCUAGAGGAGUUUUCCAUCUCUGUUUUUAAAACUGUGAUUAGAUUAUAUGUUGUAAGUAAUGUUCUAUAAGCAAAUAUACUAGUAUUCUUCUGUUUAUCUGUAAGGUCUGUUUAUCUGUAAAGUCUUGAUAUGAUCAAAAUUAUUUUCAUGUCAAAGAUUGCUUUUUUGGAAGUAUCUUUAUUUGUGAAGAUUGCUGUAAAAAGAGAAGAGGCAAAAUGAAGGGGGCUAGUUCAGAGCCAGCAGAUUUAGUGGUCACCACCUAACUCAUGGUGAUGAAGUUUAGCUGUGAUUUAAUUGGCUGCACAUAAUGAGCACAACCACUACACUCAACACCAAACAGCAUUAUACAAUGUAGGUUUUUAAAUCUUUUUUAUUGUUCUUUGUCUUUCUUUUCAAAAUCAAAUCCUGAUUCCAUUUACCGGUCUUCAGAAGACAAGUUGACUGAAUGUCCCAGCUGAAUUUCCCAGCAACAGUAAUUGUAUGGAGUUAGGCUCUCUUCAUACAGUCAAUUGUGCCUACAAAAAAUAUUGAGCGGCAGGGCCAGAUGGGGCCAGUGAAAGUCUUGGGGUGACACAAAAAAGGCCAUACUGCACAGAGGAAUUUCAGAGUGCGCAAGUUUAUACAAAGGUAAAGACAUUAUAUUAUAGUGUAGAAUAAAUUGCAUUCUGUUUCAUUCUGAAUAAUUAAUUUGCCUAUCAAUUUCCAAGUUCAGUGCAUCAUCAAUUAACUUGGUGUGGGUUGCAUAACCAUAAAUAUUCAUUUUUAAAAUUUAUGAAAAAAAACAGGUUUAAUUUAUGUCCAACACUUAAUAUUUUAUAUUGCUUACAAGUAUUUGCCAUUCCUUCAAUCAAUACAGCCUACUGUAACGUUACUAACAGGGACAGAACUUGCAAUUUCAGUAUAUGGAUGCAAGCGAAAAAAACCUGGACAGGCUACAAAAAUUGCAUAAAAUCUACAGUAAAUAUCUGAGCAGUCAUGUAGUUACUGCUUUGUAUAAAGUAACAACAAUGUGGACAUAUGGUCGUUAACGUGUUUAUUUCAUGUUAAUGUGACAGCGAGAAGUGACUAACGUAUUGAACAUAUCACGCCUAUUCUGAUUUACUCUUGAAAAUGGGCAGAAAUGAUUCCGUGGAAAGGGCCCAUUUAGCCCAAAGCAGUUCAGGUUUUAGCUGUGGAAUCUUUGGGAGCAGCACAUUUGCAACCGUUUGUACUUAAAACAAGUGAAAGUAGAAAUGAAAUGUCUAGAAAUGGUGUAUAACUUUAAUAAACAUAAAACAAUAA